UAUUCUAGAGGACCUCCUCCAUUUGCACACAAUCUUUCUUUCGUAGUUGGGCCGUCGAGAAAGUUGGAUCGUGUCUUCUGACGGUCUUCGUUCCGACAAACAUGACGUCUAAAGUAUCGCGUGAUGCUCUUUAUGACUGCGUAAAUGGAGUAAUCAAAAGCUCGCAGGAAAAGAAACGUAAAUUUUUGGAGACCGUUGAGCUCCAAAUUGGAUUGAAGAACUACGACCCGCAGAAAGACAAACGUUUCUCAGGCACCGUCAAAUUGAAGAAUAUUCCAAGACCAAAGAUGCAAGUAUGCAUUCUUGGAGACCAGCAGCAUUGUGAUGAAGCUAAGGCCAACAAUGUUCCUUUCAUGGACGCUGAGGCUCUUAAGAAACUUAACAAGAACAAAAAGCUCGUCAAAAAACUAGCAAAAAAAUACGACGCAUUCUUGGCCAGUGAGUCGCUGAUCAAACAGAUCCCACGUUUGCUUGGUCCCGGUUUGAACAAGGCAGGUAAAUUUCCUGGGCUUUUGUCUCAUCAGGAAUCGAUGAUAGCAAAGAUCGACGAAGUCAAGGCCACCAUCAAGUUCCAGAUGAAGAAGGUACUCUGCCUGUCUGUCGCGGUAGGCCACGUGGAGAUGACCCCCGAUGAGUUGGUGCAGAACGUGCACUUAUCAAUAAACUUCCUCGUGUCUUUGUUGAAGAAGCACUGGCAGAAUGUGCGCUCUCUCCACAUCAAAUCCUCAAUGGGUCCACCUCAACGAUUGUACUAAUUUUGAUUCGAUUUAUUAAAAUUAUCAAUAAAUGCCGACAUUGUCCAUCUCGUUAGCAUUUUAAUAUUCAAAUCAAUAAAAAUUUAAUUAUAAAAAUAA